GCGGCAGCAUCCGGUAGUCCUUCUCAACUGAUGAUCUCAAUCCGGACGGUGAGCUAGAACAAACAGCAGGUAAAAGUCUACAAUCCAGGUGACACUCUCACACGGGCACACACAAAUACACAUCUUCUUCAUCUGGUCCUCCAGAAUAUCGGUAAAAAUCAGGAGCAGCAUCAUGAUGAUUGACCACAGAUUUUUGUUGACGGUCCUAGCAAUGAUUUUAAUGUUGCCCACAUGCACUGUGUGCGGUACUAUGUUUCAGAAUGAAUACCAAAGUAUUCCGAAAGACAAUAUUCACUAUCAAGAAGGCCUUAAUACGCAGUCAUUAGACUCGCACAUCGGCUACAACUCCCAGAAAAACGGACACACGAAUGGCCAUGGCGAAGAAGUUGACAAUAUUCCAAAAGCUAGAAGGUUAGUUUUAGACCUGUUAAUAAGAACUUUAGCUCAAGAAGCCAGAGCGAGAAAUGAACGACCAAACUUUCUCAAUAACCAAGACACCGAAGGAGAGGAUGAAUAUCGUUUAGAAGAUUUCACAAAAUCCGUGCAAGCAUCCAAAGGUACUCAGCAGGAAAAGAAGGCCUCAGGAACAAAAGCUGACGGACCUCCAAAACAAGGAAAAAAGUCGAAAGCAGCAAUCAGAAAUGGAAAUACCAUCACAUCGAAACGUGGUAAUAGGCCUUCUUUGUCGAUCGUUAGUCCGUUGGACGUCCUGAGUCAGAGGUUGAUGUUAGAGAUGGCUCGUAGGAAAAUGAAACAGAGUCGACAUCAGAUCACUGCAAACGCUGAAUUUUUGAAAACCCUUGGAAAAAGAAAUCUAUUCAUUCACAAAAACAUGUGAACGCACCAUUAUGGCCAAAAAAAGAUGUGUAUCAUUCCACCUUUUAGAAAGAGUCCUGAUCACGUGCACAAAUUUAUGCUUGAAUGAUUGUUUGUUAUGAAUUUCGCACAAAACUACACGAGAGCUAU